AUGCAUGUGCUGGAGCAGUACCACACACUCACCCCAUACUUGCUUGGUUUUUCUUGGCCACUUGCGAUUGCCAGGCUUUACGGCAACCUGGCCUGCGGGCGGGGGCGCCGUGUUAUCGGCCCUUCUAUUCAAUAUGCUGCUGCUAUUUUAUUUUCUUGUCUGGUGGGUGCAUUGGGCUUCCUCAACGUGAUGGUCCCCUACGCUGUGUACCUGCCGCUGAGGUAUUCUUGGGAUUGCUCUGAUGGUUCUCUUUCCUCGUGGGGUGCUUCUGCCAGCUUUCUCUCAUGGAGGCUGCCGCUUUGGCAAAGCUUGCCCUUUGGGCAGGACGACAGAACGAUGUGCCAAUGUGUCUGUCAGCGGUGGCUACGCUGCCCAAAAGCAGUGAUUCCAGUAUAG